UCUUUCACUGCAGAACAGACCAGCCCCUAUCGGAGGAGUGGCCACCGCGCACAGGCUCCACGCUGCACCACUAGAGGUGCUGAAGACUGCAAAGGAUCACCCUGUCAAAGGCCCCUCCCUGUCUGUGCACCCACCCUGUUUCCCCUCACCUGCUGCAGCUAUAAAGGAGGAUGAGACAAAGACACUCCUGGAUUGUGUUCACCAGGUGGAAGAUCAGCUCACAAGUCGACACCAGCUCAGCUCACAAACAGGGAAAUCAUCACCAAGGGAGUCUUUACUCUUGAUAGUUAAGGAUGACAUCCACGGCAGGUCGACUGGCCCAUCAGCAGAAGGGUGAAGAAGGCAUUGGCAGCAAUGAGCGUGCAGUGAAGUUCUCAAACCAGGAGUAUGAGACUCUGCAUCAACAGUGUCUGAUGAAUGGACACCUGUUUGAGGACAACUGCUUUCCAGCUGAGAGCAAAUCACUGGGCUACAAUGAGCUGGGACCAUACUCAUCUAAGACCCGGGGUGUUGUCUGGAAAAGACCAAAGGAGCUGUGCUCAGAACCAAAGUUCAUUGAUGACGGAGCGACAAGGACGGACAUUUGCCAAGGAGCUCUAGGUGACUGCUGGCUACUGGCUGCAAUAGCCUCUCUGACUCUUGAUCAGCGGAUCCUGGCUCGUGUCGUGCCUCAAGGACAGAGUUUCACUGAAAAUUAUGCCGGGAUAUUUCACUUCCAGUUCUGGCAGUUUGGUGAGUGGGUGGACGUGGUGGUCGAUGACCGUCUACCCACCAGAGAUGGAAAGCUACUGUUUGUUCACUCAGCUGAGGGCUCUGAGUUUUGGAGUGCACUGCUGGAGAAGGCCUAUGCAAAGGUUCAUGGCUGCUAUGAAGCCCUUUCAGGUGGAAGCACUAUUGAGGGUUUUGAGGAUUUCACAGGAGGAAUCUCAGAAGUAUACGUCUUAGACAAGGCUCCACCAAACCUCUUCCAAGUCAUGCAGAAGGCCCUGCACCUGGGCUCGCUGCUAGGUUGUUCUAUUGAUGUGAGUAUUAUUUUCAUACUGCUUUGCAUGCAGAGCUGCAGACACGCUGGCAGUGUGUCUGAAUACUUUGUUGUUUGUUCUUGCUUUCAGAUCACCAGUUCCUAUGAGACAGAGGCAGUGACAGCUCGCAAACUUGUCAAAGGACAUGCAUACUCAGUCACUGGUGCAACAGAGGUUAAUUUUCGAGGCAGGCUCGUUCAGCUGGUCCGCAUCAGGAACCCAUGGGGCCAGGUGGAGUGGACUGGUCCGUGGAGUGAUGGAUCCAAUGAAUGGGACUAUGUCAGUGAUGAUGAAAAAUCAAAGUUGAACCAUGUAGCUGAAGAUGGAGAGUUCUGGAUGUCCUUUUCAGAUUUCAUCAGGCAAUUCUCCAGACUAGAGAUCUGCAACUUAACCCCAGACACGCUCUUGAGUGAUGAUGUUGGCCACUGGAACAGCUACCAGUUUGAAGGCAUGUGGAGGGUCGGCUCCACGGCAGGUGGCUGCCGCAAUCAUGCAGCCACAUUUUCAUCCAACCCUCAGUUUGUGGUGCGUUUGGAAGAUGUGGAUGAUGACCCUAUGGAUGGGGAAGAUGGGUGCACCUUUCUGGUGGGGCUGAUGCAAAAGGGUGGACGGCAGAAGAAGAGGCUUGCCCGUGACCUUGAGACUAUUGGUUUUGCCAUUUAUGAGGUUCCAGAUCAGUACAAAGGCCGCAGCAAUGUCCACCUUGGCCCGGAUGUCCUGCUGCGACAGAGAGCUGUGGCCAUGAGCAGCAACUUCAUCAACACACGGGAGGUGUGUGACCGCUUCAGACUUCCUCCAGGAGAAUAUGCCAUUAUUCCCUCGACCUUCCAGCCUCACAAGAAUGGCAGCUUCAUUCUCAGGGUGUUCUCAGAGAAACAGGCUGCAACAAGUCCACUGGAGGAGGACAUUGAUGCUCAAAUAGAGGAGGAGGAGGUAUCUGAGAGUGAUGUGGAUCCUCAUUUCAAGCAUCUCUUCAAGCAGAUUGCUGGAGAUGACAUGGAGGUGUCGGUCUUUGAACUGGUUAGAAUUCUGAACAAUGUUGUCUCUCACCGGGGUGAUAUCAAAACCAAUGGCUUCAGCCUUGAGACAGGUCGCCAGAUUGUCAGUCUGCUGGACAAAGAUGAAAGUGCCAAGUUAGGACUGAUAGAAUUUCACUUGCUUUGGAACAAAAUCCAGAAAUAUCUGGAGAUCUUCAAACAUCAUGACUCAGACAACUCUGGCACCAUGAGCUCCCACGAGAUGAGAGGCGCCGCCACCGAAGCAGGUUUCAGCGUCAACAGUGCUGUUCUGCAGGCCGUUGUCAGUCGUUAUGCGGACGCUCAGUAUGCCAUAGACUUUGACAGUUUUGUAGGCUGUCUCAUAAAACUGGAAUCGCUCUUCAAAAUAUUUAAGGCUUUGGAAAGACCUGACGGAAAAAUCGCGCUGGAUAUGCAACAGUGGCUGUGCCUGGCAAUCCACUAACUCUGGAGACAAGACAAGCACCCAAGACAUUUCAUAUUAUUCCAAACCCAUACAAAGUGCUAAAAUGUUUAGGUAGAAUAUGACAUUUGCUAAACAUGUCUAAAAAAUAUUUUUUCUAAAUGUUUGCCGAUAUUUUGUAUCACAUGUAUUUUCCUUUUGUUUCAAAGGUAACAGGGUCUUAUUAGCUGGUGUUUUUGCUCUUUUAGCUGUAAAAUGAUUGAAAAUAAAGAAAAU